CCGUGUCUUCGUACUGUCAUUCCUGGCCGGCAAUACACACGAUCCCCGCUUGCCGAUCCCGAAGACGGCGCGGCGCCGUUUGGACCUCUUAGCUGUCACGAACUGCUUCAUCAGCUAUCACUUCACGAUCCAUCAUUGACGCAACAUCACCGCGCAUCGCAUCCAUUCUCGAUACAUCAGGACGAGACACACAAUCAAAGAUGGUGGGUUUGACGUCUGCCGCCGGGCUGGUGGGAUUCCUGAGUGAGCCCGAUGCUGCACUCCAGGCCUUUGCGCUUGAGCGACUCAACUCGGAUAUCGACAGUGUAUGGACGGAGGUAUCAGGAUCCAUCGGUCAAAUAGAGGCCUUGUACGAAGAUGACGCCUUCACGCACCGCGAGCUAGCAGCGCUCGUACUUUCGAAAGUCUACUACCAGCUGCAGGAGUACGACGAAUCCAUGGUCUUUGCUCUCGGCGCUGGAAAGCUCUUCAACCUCGAUCACGCCGGCGAAUACGAGGAGACUAUCGUGGCCAAAUGCAUCGACACCUACAUCGCCCUCUGCGCCCUACACAACCCGCCGACGCCCGCAUCUCAGACCGGUCGCCAUGGUUCUGCAGAAUACGAUAGCGCCGCGACCACGACUGCCUCAACCGCACCCUUCUCGCAAUCCGCAAUUCCUUCCAAAUCCCUCCUAUCUCGCGAAGAGGAAAUUGGCUUCGAUUCUUCCGCACCAGGUGGAGGUAAUGCUGGGGUUGCCGGUGCGCACCCGCAUCCGUUGACCCUGUCAACUCCCGUCAAGAAGAACCUUCAGAGCAUCAUCCGCAGACUGUUUGAGAGUUGCUACCAAGUGGGUGCAUACAAGCAGGUCGUGGGAAUAGCGGUGGAGGCGCGGAACAUGGAGGUCUUGAGGGAGGCAAUUCUACGAUCAGCCUCGGAUCAGAAGAGCAAGGCCAAGAAAACUGUCAGCACAGCAGGAACCUCGGAAGAUGUCAUGGAAUAUGUGCUUGACAUUUGUAUGAAUGUCGUACAAGAGCGAGCAUUGCGGAAUGAGAUACUCAAGCUGAUUCUGGACCUUCUCAACGAGAUUCCAAGCCCGGACUACUUCGCAAUUGCCCGCUGUGUGGUCUACCUGAACCAGCAAACAAUGGCAUCGAACAUGCUCCGUCAGCUCGUGCAAAAAGGCGAUGGCAAGUCACUGGCCAUUGCCUACCAGCUCUCAUUCGAUCUAUACGAGAACGGCACGCAAGAGUUCUUGCAAAAGGUCAUGGAGGAGCUCCCGGAGGAUGAAGCAGAGGCGGGUGAGGACAGCAAGUUGAAUGGCAGUGCUGUACGACCAUCCACGCCACAUCCAAAUCAGACGGAGGAGGCCACAGAGUCAGAUCAACUGCUAUCCGAACUGAACGAUUCCGCCGGCGCACCUAAGACCUCGACGAUAGUCGCAUCAAGAACGAAGCCGAAACCGGAGAAUGCAGGAGAAUCAAAAGCGUUUGCAUCGAUUCGGAACAUCUUGCGUGGCACGACAAGCAUCGAACUGAAUCUCGAGUUCUUGUUCCGCGCUGCUCACACUGAUCGCGCCAUUCUCAACAAGGUCCGGGAUUCGCUUGAGGCCAGGAACAGCAUCUUUCACACCUCUGUCACCUUCGCCAAUGCUUUCAUGAAUGCUGGAACCACGAUUGACAGCUUCUUCCGUGACAAUUUGGAGUGGCUCGGCAAGGCUGUCAACUGGAGCAAAUUCACCGCAACGGCGGCGCUUGGUGUCAUUCACCGCGGCAAUCUCAACAACGGACAAAAGCUCUUGGAGCCUUAUCUGCCAAAGGAAAACGCCUCAGCGAAUGCUGGAAGCACCUACAGCCAGGGUGGCUCUCUCUACGCACUCGGUCUGAUCUACACAAACCACGGCACCCAUGUCUUGGACUACCUCCGCCGGCAGUUCAAGAACACACAAGAGGAGGUCGUACAACACGGGGGUGCACUUGGUCUUGGUGUUGCUGGGAUGGCUACUGGCUCUGAGGAGAUAUACGACGAGCUCAAGAACGUGCUUUAUCAAGACUCGGCCAUUAACGGAGAAGCUGUCGGGCUUGCCAUGGGUCUUGUCAUGUUGGGCACCGGCAACGCCAAGGCACUCGACGACAUGAUUCAAUACGCGCACGACACUCAACACGAGAAAAUUGUACGUGGACUCGCAAUGGGAAUGGCACUCAUCAUGUACGGCAGGCAAGAAGGCGCGGACGAACUCAUCUCAGGCCUUCUGGAGGAUGCGGAUCCUGCGUUAAGGUACGGCGGUGUCAUGACCGUUGCUCUCGCGUACUGCGGCAGCGGCAGCAACAAGGCUGUGCGCCGACUGCUACACUUGGCCGUGUCUGAUGUCAGCGAUGAUGUUCGAAGAUGCGCUGUCAUGAGUCUGGGUUUCGUGCUCUUCCGCAAGCCGGGCAGCGUACCGAGAAUGGUCGAGCUCCUUGCAGAGAGCUACAACCCUCACGUACGAUACGGAGCCACGAUGGCGCUGGGUAUCGCAUGCGCUGGUACGGGUCUUGAUGAGGCUAUAGACCUUCUCGAGCCCAUGAUGAAGGACUCCGUCGACUUUGUGCGACAGGGUGCUUUCAUCUCGUUGGCCAUGAUCAUGGUUCAGCAGAAUGACGCCAUGAACCCGAAGGUCAGCUCGUUGCGCAAGCAGCUGCAGAAGGCUGUCGGAGACAGACACGAGGAUGCCAUGGCCAAGUUUGGAUGUGCCCUUGCACUCGGCAUCAUCGACGCGGGCGGACGCAAUUGCACCAUUGGCCUUCAAACGCAGACCGGCAACCUCAACAUGGCUGGAAUCGUCGGCAUGGCCGUCUUCAUGCAGUACUGGUACUGGUUCCCUCUCACUCACUUCCUCGCACUAUCCUUCACACCUACAGCAAUCAUCGGCGUGGACUCCAACCUCGAUAUCCCCAGCUUCACCUUCCACAGCAAUACGCGACCUAGUAUGUUUGACUACCCACCUGAGGUCGAAGUCAAGACAGAGGAGGCACCCGAGAAGGUCAAGACUGCAGUACUGUCCACCACUGCUCAGGCCAAGCGCAGAAAGCUGGCGAAGGACAGGCAGAACAAAACGGACGGGAUGGAUGUUGAUCCUACUCCAGCCACCCCAAAGCCUGACGCCGAUGGCGACAAGAUGGAUACCGAUGACAAUGUCAUCGAUACCAGCAAGCUCGAUGACGACAAGACCACAGACAAGGAGAGCAGCAAGAAGAAGGUCGAGAAGGAGAAGGUUGGCUACGAGCUUGAGAACAUGAGUCGAGUGCUUCCAGGACAGACCAAGUACAUCAGCUUCUCCGCUGACGGCCGGUACCAACCCGUGAAGAAGCCCACCGGAGGCGUGAUCCUACUCGAAGACACGAAACCAGAAGAAGCAAAGACUCUCCUUGAGCUCAAGGCGCGCAAGAAAACUGCCGCUGCCGCGCCCGCUCCAGGUGCAGGCGGAGCCGGCCAAGCUUCCAACGAUAUCUCCAUGGCAGAUCUGACCCGAGGUUCAGGAGCAACAGCAGCGGCCGGUGUUCUGAACGCAGUCGAUGAAGAUGACGAUGGCGAGGAGGCACCUGUGCCUGACGAGUUUGAGGUGGACGAGGACGAGGCCGAAUUCGACGAAGAGUAG